AUGGACGGGUCGUCCUCUUGUAACCUGCAAAUCCAGCAACUCGCUUCCAUACCUCCGCUGUUUCCCAACUCCCCCGAUGAAACAGGCGUCUGCUCCUCUGCCGGUCGCACCUAUGACUUUGCCGGGCCCUUCAUGGUUAACGAGGAUUGCCUGCUGUUCGGCAAACCGACCAGGUUCCUCCAACUGAACCCAGAUCAACAAACAAAACCAACCUCAAUCGAAAGUGGGCGGCGAUGCGGGAAGGCCGCCGGGGAGCCUGGAAAGGUAGCAGCGGGAAUAGCUUUGGGGGAAGGUGAUGAUGAUGAUGAGGGAAAGUCUGUAUUCCGGUCUCUAGGGAUAUCGGCAGGGGAGGAUGCAACGGUGGCCGUGGAGGAGGAAGAUCGAGACGUGGAAAUGGGUGGAAAAUCAUCAAGACUGGCGAGAUGCGGUGGCGGCGGAGGAGGAGGAGCAGGAGGCGGGGCGCCGGCUGCCGCUGCGCAGUCAUGGGAUCGCCGAUUGAGCUUUGCGGUCACAACAUACCGGGUAAAUGAGUGGCUGGGUGAUUGGCUGUUGAACUACAACAUCAUGACCAACAACUGCCACUGCUUCGUGGCGCACUUCCUCAAUCAAAAUGGAUAUAGGGGCGGCGGAUGGGACACGGUCAAUCUGGCCGCGCUCAUGUUCGUGCGCGGCCGCUACACCUCCCUAACGGGGCUGUUGCAUACUUGGCUGCCCUGGCUGCUGGUCACGUCACUUGGGGCCUACUUCGGGCGGUUGCUAUUCCUGUACGUCUACAUGGCGUUGUGUGUCCCGCUCUUAUCCUGGUUCCUGUUCUACACAUGGUGUUGCUGGCGCGAUCUUAGCUUCUGAGAGCUCAUGGUACUGCAGUACGGCACUGUCGUACGGUGUCUGUCGUGAUUACGCAUGCGUCGGAACGCAUGCUUCUGAGAAGCCUGACUGCGCAAGAUGGACAGCGGGAAGGAGACCGGGCCGUCUGAUUGGCUCUAGUUGAGCGUGUGGUGCUUGUACGGCGCGAUGUCGUGCGUGCUAAUGUAGGCAGUUAAAAAGAGCUGCUGUUAUGGUGGCCAUAAUCGUGUUAAGUAUUUAGUUGAAGCCACAUGGCCGUGAUAUUUAUAGUGGUCUGCGUGAGCGGUUUUUAAGUGGUCUGUGAAGGAGCGCGUGGGUUCAUGGGACUUCUGGAUUAGACACGGAAAGCCUUACUUACGAUGCUUUGCUUGGGUACUUAGCUGCUGUGAAUGCACAGGGUGUUGUGUGCUCUUCCACACUCGUCAAGACGGAAACUGCGACACCUGUUUGUGUGUAUGGGUGUGAAUAGAAUCGAAUUCUGUCCGAGUCCUUCACUCGCGGACACAAAGGUGGAGGCGUGUGGAGACGCGAGGCGCUACUCGUGACUGAUCCUGACAUACAUGAUUUCCGAUUUCCCUUUGACGACGGAGGCACCUGUGAUAUGAACAGUUGAUAGCUGUGAACGAAAUGUGUCU